AAAACCCCUUACUGCACACGGAGCUGGAUCUGAACAACAAAACACCUGAAGACGUGAAAGUGAAGCAGCUUUCAGCUCUGCUGCAGGAUCCACAUUACAGACUGCAGAAACUUAGGUUGUAUAAAGGAGACAGUAUGACAGAUGAAGACUGUUCACAUGUGAUUUCUGCUCUGGUUUUAAACCCUUCACACCUGAGAGAUCUGAAUCUGAACAGGAAUAAACCAGGAGAGUCUGGACUGAGAAAUCUGUGUGAUUUCCUGAAGAAUCCUGAAUGUAAACUGCAGACACUAAAUCUAUGUAACAGUGUAAGAGAGAAAUCCUGUGCUGAUUUGUCUUCAGCUCUCUGUACAAAUCCAUCACACAUCAGAGAGCUGGAUCUGAGUGAGUGUGAACUGGGAGACUCAGGAGUGGAGAAGCUCUGUGAUCUACUGAAGAAACACGAGUGUAAACUGGAGACACUGCGAUUUUCAGACUGUAAUAUAACAGAGAAAGGAUACACUGCUCUGGUUAAAGCUCUGAAGUCAAACCGCUCAUCACUGAUAGAGCUGGACCUCAGAGGGAACGACCUGGAGCAUCAGGACUGAAGGAGCUUAGGAAUUUAAUGAAUGAUAAGAAGUGUAGACUGAACACACUGAGGUUGUUGAAAAGUCCUGAUGCAGAGGAAGCCUACACGUGUCUUACUAAAAUGUUCAGUAAAAACCCCUUACUGCACACGGAGCUGGAUCUGAACAACAAAACACCUGAAGACGUGAAAGUGAAGCAGCUUUCAGCUCUGCUGCAGGAUCCACAUUACAGACUGCAGAAACUUAGGUUGUAUAAAGGAGACAGUAUGACAGAUGAAGACUGUUCACAUGUGAUUUCUGCUCUGGUUUUAAACCCUUCACACCUGAGAGAUCUGAAUCUGAACAGGAAUAAACCAGGAGAGUCUGGACUGAGAAAUCUGUGUGAUUUCCUGAAGAAUCCUGAAUGUAAACUGCAGACACUAAAACUAUGUAAGAGUAUAAAAGGGAAAUCCUGUGCUGAUUUGUCUUCAGCUCUCUGUACAAAUCCAUCACACAUCAGAGAGCUGGAUCUGAGUGAGUGUGAACUGGGAGACUCAGGAGUGGAGAAGCUCUGUGAUCUACUGAAGAAACACGAGUGUAAACUGGAGACACUGCGACUUUCAGACUGUAAUAUAACAGAGAAAGGAUACACUGCUCUGGUUAAAGCUCUGAAGUCAAACCGUUCAUCACUGAUAGAGCUGGACCUCAGAGGGAACGACCCUGGAGCAUCAGGACUGAAGGAGCUUAGGAAUUUAAUGAAUGAUAAGAAGUGUAAACUGAACACACUGAGGUUGUUGAAAAGUCCUGAUGCAGAGGAAGCCUACACGUGUCUUACUAAAAUGUUCAGUAAAACCCCCUUACUGCACACGGAGCUGGAUCUGAACAACAAAACACCAAGAGACAUGAAAGUGAAGCAGCUUUCAGCUCUGCUGCAGGAUCCACAUUACAGACUGCAGAAACUUAGGUUGUAUAAAGGAGACAGUAUGACAGAUGAAGACUGUUCACAUGUGAUUUCUGCUCUGGUUUUAAACCCUUCACACCUGAGAGAUCUGAAUCUGAACAGGAAUAAACCAGGAGAGUCUGGACUGAGAAAUCUGUGUGAUUUCCUGAAGAAUCCUGAAUGUAAACUGCAGACACUAAAACUAUGGAAGAGUGUAAGAGGGAAAUCCUGUGCUGAUUUGUCUUCAGCUCUCUGUACAAAUCCAUCACACAUCAGAGAGCUGGAUCUGAGUGAGUGUGAACUGGGAGACUCAGGAGUGGAGAAGCUCUGUGAUCUACUGAAGAAACACGAGUGUAAACUGGAGACACUGCGAUUUUCAGACUGUAAUAUAACAGAGAAAGGAUACACUGCUCUGGUUAAAGCUCUGAAGUCAAACCGUUCAUCACUGAUAGAGCUGGACCUCAGAGGGAACGACCCUGGAGCAUCUGGAGUGAAGGAGCUUAGGAAUUUAAUGAAUGAUAAGAAGUGUAAACUGAACACACUGAGGUUGUUGAAAAGUCCUGAUGCAGAGGAAGCCUACACGUGUCUUACUAAAAUGUUCAGUAAAAACCCCUUACUGCACACGGAGCUGGAUCUGAACAACAAAACACCUGAAGACGUGAAAGUGAAGCAGCUUUCAGCUCUGCUGCAGGAUCCACAUUACAGACUGCAGAAACUUAGGUUGUAUAAAGGAGACAGUAUGACAGAUGAAGACUGUUCACAUGUGAUUUCUGCUCUGGUUUUAAACCCUUCACACCUGAGAGAUCUGAAUCUGAACAGGAAUAAACCAGGAGAGUCUGGACUGAGAAAUCUGUGUGAUUUCCUGAAGAAUCCUGAAUGUAAACUGCAGACACUAAAUCUAUGUAACAGUGUAAGAGGGAAAUCCUGUGCUGAUUUGUCUUCAGCUCUCUGUACAAAUCCAUCACACAUCAGAGAGCUGGAUCUGAGUGAGUGUGAACUGGGAGACUCAGGAGUGGAGAAGCUCUGUGAUCUACUGAAGAAACACGAGUGUAAACUGGAGACACUGCGACUUUCAGACUGUAAUAUAACAGAGAAAGGAUACACUGCUCUGGUUAAAGCUCUGAAGUCAAACUGUUCAUCACUGAUAGAGCUGGACCUCAGAGGGAACGACCCUGGAGCAUCAGGACUGAAGGAGCUUAGGAAUUUAAUGAAUGAUAAGAAGUGUAAACUGAAGACACUGAGGUUGUGGAAAAGUCCUGAUGCAGAGGAAGCCUACACGUGUCUUACUAAAAUGUUCAGUAAAAACCCCUUACUGCACACGGAGCUGGAUCUGAACAACAAAACACCAAGAGACGUGAAAGUGAAGCAGCUUUCAGCUCUGCUGCAGGAUCCACAUUACAGACUGCAGAAACUUAGGUUGUAUAAAGGAGACAGUAUGACAGAUGAAGACUGUUCACAUGUGAUUUCUGCUCUGGUUUUAAACCCUUCACACCUGAGAGAUCUGAAUCUGAACAGGAAUAAACCAGGAGAGUCUGGACUGAGAAAUCUGUGUGAUUUCCUGAAGAAUCCUGAAUGUAAACUGCAGACACUAAAACUAUGUAACAGUGUAAGAGGGAAAUCCUGUGCUGAUUUGUCUUCAGCUCUCUGUACAAAUCCAUCACACAUCAGAGAGCUGGAUCUGAGUGAGUGUGAACUGGGAGACUCAGGAGUGGAGAAGCUCUGUGAUCUACUGAAGAAACACGAGUGUAAACUGGAGACACUGCGACUAUGGAACAGUGUAAGAGGGAAAUCCUGUGCUGAUUUGUCUUCAGCUCUCUGUACAAAUCCAUCACACAUCAGAGAGCUGGAUCUGAGUGAGUGUGAACUGGGAGACUCAGGAGUGGAGAAGCUCUGUGAUCUACUGAAGAAACACGAGUGUAAACUGGAGAAACUGCGGUUAAAGAAGUGCGGAAUAACAGAUGGAGGUGCUGCUGCUCUGACUGGAGCUCUGAGGUCAAACUCCUCACAUCUGAAACAGCUGGAUCUGAGAGAGAAUAAACUAAAAGAUUCAGCAGUAGAGCAGCUCUUUGAGAUACUGAAAGGUUCAGGAGGACAGCUGGAGUAUGACGGGGAGACAUGGUUACAAAAAGGAUGGAAUUGGUUAACUGGUAAUAAGUCUGAUAAACAGCCGAUUUCAGAACCUGACUCCUCUACAGUAAAGACUAAAGAAAAAGAUGGAGAAAAGAAAGACACACAGCGGGGAGAAAGCAGUGUGGAUUUGGACAGCUGUAGGACAGACACUGACCUCAGAAGUCCAGAGACUUCAGUUCAUAUAACAUCAGAGGACAGUACAGUAGGACACAUGUCACAAACACAAGUAAUGAAUCAAAGCAACAAGAAAAGGACACAAAAAAACCCUAAAACCUCAUAAAAGGUACUAGAUAAUGACACCAAUUUAAUCUAACUCAGUGAUGAAGGACAGAAGACGCCUCAGCAGACAGGGACACUCUAAUCCUACUAGAAAACUGGACCAGAAUUUCUUUGUAAAGUUUCUUUGUGCUGUAAAAUGUUUUGUCUGUGCUGCAGUCUGAAUGAUGAGAGUUAAAACAUUACUUUUAUAAUCUACUGUUUAAAAUGAUAUCAAGAAAAACCCUACAAUACAUUUUAAAGACCAUAAAACUAUAAAUAAAUAUCAAAUUAAAGGGCUCUGUUCAAUUUCAUAAUGAGCCACAUUGGUCCAUUACUGGUCACCAGUUAGCAGCUAGCUAGUGGUUUUUCUCACUGCUAGACAUACGAGAGGACAGAGAGAUUUAUUAUAGAGCUCAAGUGACAGUAUUGUAAAAGCUGCAGUGAAAAAGCCCCAGUUUAUUCUCCUGCUAUAGUAAACCCUACAAACUACAAAACACCUCUGGUACGUAAAAGCAGAAAUAAACCCAGAGAGACUUUUCCAUGAGGGAAUAAGGCUUCAGUCUCACACUUACAGUCUCACUCAUACUCCCAUUUCACCAACAUGCUGCCUGCCUUCUCUACAAGGGUCUGAUAACUAAUAAUGACAUUUGUUUAUUUUAAAUGGAAGUGUAACUGGAUUAGACUUUUUUCACUGACAGAAGUUAAACAUUCUAGUGAAUUAAAUCAGCUUCAAUUAUAUUUCCAUUUAAUAGAUUUGGUCCCAGACAAAUGAUAUACUUUUCCCAUUGAGUGAGAGAUUUUGCUGAUGUGGCAUUUUCCUGUACAGAAUAAUAUUGUGUUAUUAAUAUGGAAAUAUAUUCAGUCUGGAGAUCUGUUUAUGGAACCAGACAAAAGACUGAACAAUAAAAUGUUGUUAAACCCCAGCAAUAUGCUGAUUUAAUGACCAGUCCUUUUUAUAAUGGCUAUUUGUUAAAGAUGUGAAGGACUUUAUGCUUUUGUUAUUUUAAAAUAGUGUUGAACUGAUGUGGUUUAGAACUGAACUGAAUGAGAUGAAUGAGAAGUGUAAUGAAUAAAGUAGGAAAUAUUCAGA